GUCACAUAUGGAGCGAAUUAUCACAUAAAUUUCUAGUGCAGUUCACCAACAUCACGUAAGUCUCUAUAGUAGCUAGCGAGCCUGAAUCGAACUCAGAUGAAGUGGCGUUUUACACAACUUGCAACAAGGCUAAGGAUAUGCUCUUCUCAAAUUUGUCAUAAAAAAGGGGGAUGGUUCUAGUGGCGGGUUACACGGCCGGAAACAAACGGGGGUGUCACAGGCGACAUAUCCUGAUCUUCUUUUGGAUGAUGUGCUAAAUACCCACAUGCCUCCUAAUUUCCUGAAAGGCUAAACCAGUGCGAGAAUUGGAGGUCUUUCUGGUACUUCUCCCUCCUACUCAUCCUCAAAUUACAAUUUUGUUGCCCAGAACUCGUAAGGAUUGGCCGGUUGGGUGAUGGAUACCGAUAUGGCUGCUGGCUCCAUCUGAAGCCUACCCACCUUCCUCCCCUGCACGGAUUUUCUGCUGCCGUCUACUGAAGGAAUGAAUUUGGAGGUGGGAAAACAGAAGCAUAUGGGUUCGGCGUUUUGAAUCCGUUUCGGCAUCAAUUUCGGCGGUAGAGUUCAAGCGGGGAGAUCUAAGGCCAUGGCCGUGUGCGUCGCAGGCACCGGGGACGGGAGCCCCCGGCCGUACGUCGUCUGGGAUCGUGAGUUCGGCCGGAGGGCAGGACUGGCCCUCCUUAAGAGGUGCAGGAGCACGAAGCAAGUGAAGCAGGUGCACGCGCGCAUAAUCAAGAGCGGCUGCGCCGACGACUGCAUGCUGCUGGCGAAGUUGCUGCAGCUGUGCGUCUCCUUCGGCAGCAUGCGCUACGCCACCCUCGUCUUCGAUCAGACUCCUGACCCCGACGCCUUCGUGUGGAACGUCAUGAUAAGGGGCCACACCCACAAUGGGUCGCCCAUGGAUGCCCUCUUCCUCUACAACCUCAUGCUUGCCAGGGGCGUCUCCCCUGAUAAAUACACCUUCCCUUUCGUCGUUAAGGCGUGUGUCGUCCUCGGCUCCUCUGACAAGGGGAAAGAGGUUCACGCCCGUGCGAUCAAGGCGGGGUUCGAUACGGACACCUUCGUGCAGAACAAUUUGACAAAUCUCUAUCUCAGUUCUGGCGAUACGGCGUCUGCACACCGAAUGUUUGUUGAUAUGUCUCACAGAACCGUUGUCUCUUGGACCACCAUGGUUUCUGGGCUGGCGAAGGGUGGAGAUCUCAAGACCGCACGGGUGUUGUUUGAGCGCAUGCCCGAGAAGAAUGUGGUCUCCUGGUCUGCCAUGAUAAAUGGGUAUGCUCGAAAUGGGCAGCCCCACCGAGCGCUUGAGCUCUUUCACCAGAUGCAGCUGGCCAAUGUGAGGCCCAAUGAAUUCACUCUUGUUAGCCUUCUUUUGGCUUGUGCCGAACUUGGGAGCCUAAAUUUGGGGAAUUGGGUGCAUGAUUACAUUCAGAAGCAUGGAUAUAAGCUGACUGUUUUUCUGGGGACUGCUCUACUGGACAUGUACAGCAAGUGUGGUAGCAUAAGUGAUGCUGUACGUGUGUUCCAAAAGAUGCCGGAGAAGAGUGUAGCAACAUGGAACGCGAUGAUCACUAGUCUGGGAGUGCAUGGACGAGGAAAAGAUGCAAUCCAUGUGUUUCAUGAAAUGCAGAUGGAGAAGGUGAGGCCGGACGACAUUACCUUCAUUGGUGUCUUAUGCGCUUGCCUCAAUGCUGGUGUGGUGGAUGAUGGUUGCAGAUAUCUGGAUUGCAUGAUUCAUGAGUACAAUAUCAUGCCCACUACUGAACAUUAUGGUUAUGUUGUUGAUCUGCUAUGUCGAGCAGGCAGGCUUGAUGAGGCUCAUCAGCUUGUAGCUACGAUGCCUGUGGAGCCUGACACCACUAUUUGGAAGUCGUUACAUAGCACUUGCAGAAAACAUGGUGAUGUAGAGCUGGGGCAGGUUGCUUCAAUGCGCAUAAACAGUAAUGAUGCCUUUCCAGGUCCUAAGAUUAUGGAUACGUUGCCAGCAAGCCAAACACAAAUUGAAUUGGAAGUGGGAUGAUCAAUUGAAUCGUCAGGAAUGUGGUCGCAGCUAAAACAUUUUUCAUAUCGGCAUUCCAUGGUCACGUUAGUGAUCAUGGAAAUGGUGUCACUGGAGCACCCUUUCCUGGAAACUGUGUACUUUAAGGUGAUUCUUUGAGGGAUAAGCAUUCAAUUGUUGUAAUAAUUUCCUUGGUUAGCGUCAAUUUUGAUAUAAUGUCAUUUGAAAUGUACAUUUCCCCCGAGAAAAUAUGGUUUUGCA